UGAAAUGAUGGAUAAACUUGCCCAUCUUAUAUACGCGAUCACAGUCCCAUUCCGAAUUCCAUUCGUCUCGAAGGACGAAGAAUUGGAAAGGAAACGAAACUGAAACGACAUGACUGACGUUGCUGGCCAGCGUAAAGUUAAUCAGAGUUAUCGCUUUAAAUGGAGCGAUUAUCAAAACCACCUAUCCGAUGUCGUACGACAGUUGUUGGAGGAGGACUGUAUGGUAGACGUCACUCUGUCCGCAGCUGGUCAACGUAUUCACGCGCAUCGCAUCGUAUUAUGCGCAUGCAGCACUUUGUUUAAAGAAGUUCUUAGUCAAGUGACAGAAGAUUAUCCAACAAUUAUUCUGAGUGAUAUAUCACCUCAGAAUAUAAAAUCAAUUAUUGAAUUCAUUUAUCAUGGCGAGGUUCGAAUUCCUGUAGAUAAUAUUAAUAGUUUACUUGAGGCUGCGCAGUCGCUAAAAAUAAGUGGUCUUGUCGAUAUAAAUGGAUUUGAAGAAAAAACUAUUAAAAACAUAAAAGAUUCUACGGAAGAAAUUGUGACGGAAAUAGAUAAAAUUGAAGAAAAUGCAGUUGGAUCUUUAGAGAAUGACUUACAUACACAAAGCAUCAUUGAAAAUUGUACCUCAAAUAAGAAGAAGAAACGUCGCCGCGAAACUACAAAGAGAGAUUACAGCGAUGACAUGCUGGCUUCUGCAAUUAAUGAUUUAAAAUUAGGACAAACUUUAAUAGAAGCUGCUACUAAGCACAAUAUACCACGUUCGACGCUAUAUAUGAGGGCAAAAGCAUUAGGCAUACAUUUAAAUACAUCAAGAAACGGAUAUCCCGCAGAAUGUAUGAGUGCAGCAAUAACUGCUGUGAUCAGUGGUUCAAGCUUACAACAUGCAUCAGAAAUGUUCAGAAUUCCUAAAACUGUGUUAUGGAGACGCAUACAAAAAGAGGGUUAUCAGAACUUACGUUCUGAAACAAAAAGGUCAUAUGCUCUAGAUACACGAGAGGCUGCUGUUAAAGCUUUGGAAAGAGGGGAGAAUCUGACAAAAGUUGCACUAGAAUUUAAAAUACCAAAGACAACAUUGUUUAGAGAUAAAGCACGGUUAGUUGAUCAAGGUAAAUUGCCUUUGUCAUUUUGGAAGAAACGCAAAACAGAAAAUGAGGAAUUGAAAAGAUCGCGAUUAGAAGAGGCUGUGGCUGCUUGCAAGGGUGGCAAAAUGUCGCAAGCUGCAGCAUCUAUGACAUACCAUAUUCCGAAAACUACGAUAUGGCGAAGGCUUCAACAAGAAGGGAAAAAAAUGGGAAGACUAUCAAAUAUGAAAAAACGACAUCUGGGUGAUAUGCCACAGCAUGAUACUGAAGUAAAAAUACAGGAAGGUUCCAGUUUUAGCUAUUGUGAGGUUUCUUCAGACAUACCUAUAACUUAUAUAGAUGAGAAUAGUAUACCUGAAGAUUCUGUAAUAAUCUUAACAACAGAGGAAAUGGAACAAUUGAAUUUCGAAGAAGGAAGACAAAUUAUUGUAAAUACAGAAUCCGGGCAGGAAUUCAUUCCAUGUACAAUAAGUAUUGAAGAUAACUCAAACUAUUCAGAAAGUGAAAGUUAAUAUUGAAAAUACAGAUGCAAGUUAAAAUUAAUUAAUAUUAAAUAUGUACAUAGUUAUAUAUAUAUGAUACUUUAAAAAAUUUUAUUAUAUUAAUAUUACGCUUAUAUUUUAUCACUAAUGUAUAAAGUUUUUUCUGUAUAAAGAUGAAGAACACAAUAGAUAAUGCAAACAAACUUGAUUCGUCCUAAUAAAAGAGAUGAAUUUUAUGUU